CAGGUGAUGCGGGCGGGCAUAUGACCCGUCUGGGGAUAAUCACUUUAGACGUAAUCAGGAUUGGAUUAUAUACGACUGCGAGCUCUAAUAAACCUGUAUGGUAAACUGUUUAAGAUUAUAUUGGGUUUCUUGAAACUGAAGAAAUAAAGGGGGUUUCAGUUUUCGUUACAAUAUGUUACACAUCAUGUAACUAUUUUUCUCUAUAAUUUCUUGCUACCUCUGUUAAAGGCUUUUUAAGAGGUUACUGUGCUAAUAUUUCGAGAAGAUUUUGGAUCCGCCAGACAAAGCUACAGUACUAGACAGGCAUGGAGAAGGUGGAAGCAGAGGAGCAGAACGAUGCCAGAGUGCAGGUCAUCAAAGAGGACUACCAGAAGGCCUUCGAGUUCAUCAACAGGGGGCUGACGGAGGAUGAGGCAGGCCACAAGGCCGAGGCCCUGAUGCUCUACAGGCAGGGGCAGCAGCUGCUGCUCAGGGGGCUCAGCGUCCCCUCUCGGGGGCCCGAGUGCACAGGAUCUAGGUGGGAAUCUGCCAGGCAGAUGCAGCAGAAGAUGCAGGAGACGCUGACCAACAUCACGACCCGCCUGGUGGCGCUGGAGCCCGACGGAGCUGGGACAAGCCCGGGUCCCGCCAAUGGGGAGCUGGGGUCAAGGAGCUGCGACGGUUUGUACCCAAAAUUGCCUUCAAAGGAAAGACCAGACAGGCCCCCUCCCCCAAAGGUCUUGUUCCCAGAGGGUCAGCCUCCCGGGGCUGUAGGCGGGGUGCCUGUCCCUGGAACUGCCCCCACGUGUCAGGGAGUCUCUGGGGAGCUGCCCCCAGCCUACUCUCCGCAGGCUGCCGAUGGCCACUUCACCAUCUCGUACGGGACAGAUGCCGGGGAGCUCUCCCUGGUCGGAGAGAACUUCUACAGCUCGCUGCCCACGCAGCCGCCGUCCCUCCAGAGCCUGGGGGAGGAUGGCGAGGAGCUGCUCUUCAUCCAGCAGGGGGUGCAGAUCUUCUUCGUGACGCCGGAGGGCCAGGUGAGCGCCCCGUCCUACCCUGGCUACCUGCGCAUCGUCAAGUUCACCGGCGACCACUCCCAGGCGGCACCCCGGCGGCCUCCCGCUUUCCUGCAGGUCUGCGACUGGCUGUACCCCUUAAUGUCGACGGACUCUCCUGUUCUGCUGUGUAACACAGGGGUGUACAUGUUCCCUGAUAUGAUGGCUCAGAUUCCAGGAUCCUAUGUGGGAGUGGUGCUGUCCUCAGAACUGCCUGAGGCAGACCGAGACCUCUUCCAGGACCUGAUGUCCCAGAUGACUGAUUUAAGAGUUCAGCUUUCAGGUGUAUUUGAAAAUUUAAGGGGCUUGCAUAAAAAGGCCCAGGAAGAACCAGCAGACAGUAUCAACCUGAGCCAGAAGGUGCCCAUCGUCCCACUAGAGGGAGAGGCAGCGGAGAAAGAGAAGUCCCUGCCUGACUGGAGUGAGAAAGUUGCCCACGGUAUCCUGUCCGGAGCAUCCUGGCUCAGCUGGGGCCUUGUCAAAGGGGCAGAGUACACAGGAAAGGCCAUUCACAAAGGAGCCUCCAAACUGAGAGAACACAUAAACCCAGAGGACAAGCCAACCCAGGUCAGCCCUACUGUGGCUAAGGGGCUGCAUGUUGCCAAGCAGGCAACCGGUGGAGCAGUCAAAGUCAGCCAGUUUCUGGUGGACGGAGUCUGUACUCUGGCCAGCUGUGUGGGCAAGGAGCUGGCACCUCACGUGAAGAAACAUGGCAGCAAGCUGAUCCCCGAGUCCUUGAAGAAAGACAAAGAGGGCAAGUCCAACAUAGACGGGGCUAUGGUGGUGGCAGCCAGUGGAAUACAAGGAUUUGCAACAGUUUGGACUGGCUUAGAAGUAGCAGCAAAGGAUAUAGCCAAAAAUGUGGCAUCGGAGACCGUGCACACUGUGAAACACAAGUACGGCGCAGCUGCUGGCCAGGCCACAGACCACGCCGUGAACUCUGCCAUCAACAUGGGAGUCACCGCGUUCAACAUAGACAAUCUGGGCAUCAAGGCAGUGGUGAAGAAAACGGGCAAGGAAACUGCCCACGCCAUCCUGGAGGACUACAAGAUUAAGGAAAAACAGGACAAGAAGGAAGAGAAGUAACAGCCCUCAGAUCCCUGCUUUCUGUCCCUUAGAGCCUUAAUAUUUAUCAAAGUAUUUACAUUCUUAAUUUAUAUUCAAGAAGCAAACAAAUUACCAACUAUAAGCUGAAGGUUUACAAUAUAUGAAAUUAAAGAGGUAGCACUUUAAGACAACUUGUCACACUGUAAGAAAACAAGAUGACAAACCUGUGGUAAAGGUGGGGUUGCACUGUCACAGCCUUUAGUUAUAUACAAUGGUCUAGUUUGGACUAGGCUUCAAACCAGAAUUAUACAUCUCUGUUCUUUCCCCUAGCUACCAGCAAAUAUUUUAUAGAUUUACAUUUGUGGUUUAUGUUUCAAAACUAUUGUAAAUUGUUUUCACAAACGUAGUCGACUUAGGCCACCAAAUAAGUCUGGAAAAAUAUACUCUGUUGUGUAACAGGUGGCUAAUCCAAUUCUACAACUAGUUUACAUGAAGAAUACAAAUCAAAGUUUAGUCAAAAUGCUACCUUUUUGAUGGUGACAUAAGCGAGAGCUCUACUGUUGUUGUUGUUGAAUACGUUUGCUUUGAUAAGUGACUUAGCGUUUCUUCAUUAAUAUGCUGUUUUUAGAUUGUUCUAAUCAGCUUUAAAAUUGCAAAUAUCUAUUUUUGUUUGCCAAGAACAAGGAAAAACUCUGGUCUGACUAUUACAACCACCUCAUGCCAUGUGAUACUUAAGACCAUUCCACAAUAAUGCCUUUAAGAGUGUUCUAAAAAGUGGCUUUUUAAUGGCAUUGUGAAACUAUAUUCACUGUACAAAGCAUUAACCAUGAAAGAAGGUAAAGAAUACACCAACCAAUGAACAAAAUUAAUGUUAAAAAAGAACUGCAUUUUGCAUUUUUACUACCAAAAAUAUAUAUUUAGGGAACAAACAAUACCAUUACAUGUAUUUAGAGACAUUGGACAUGCUGUGUUUUCUUGGUUGUAUAUUCAGCUGAGGAGGGCUGUUUUCAAAGCCUAAAGGUUUAGGAGCUCACUGCCACAUUUCGCAGCUGCUAUUCUUUCCAGACGAGACUGGGCCUGUAAAGGAAAGAUGUUUAAUUCAGCAAUUGUUUUUAACUAUUUUUACACUGUACCAAAGAUGGCUAACUUGGUAGACUGGCAAACAUGCUAUUUUUCACAUUUUUUGGUUGCUACUGAUUGUUAUAAUACAGUCCACCACUAAGCUCAUUCAGAAUCACUGAACAAUUCUUAUUCAUCUUUGUAAAAUGGAACUACUCACUCGUCUAUAAAGAAGUCUAUGUAAAGAUCUACUGUCACUUCUUUUUCAUAAGAAGUAAUAAAUAGCAAUGAAUUAUA